AAAAUAUUUUUUUAAAAAGGUUCCUAUAAAAGGACUUUUAAAUGUAUUAGGUAAGUAAAUAAAUGAAUUUAAUAUGAUGGGUAAAGCUAUAAUAUAUUUAAAUUAACCAUUGCAUUUAGUGUCAAACGACAUAUGAUAUCGCUUAGAAGAGCACUUAAGAAAUUUUUUAAACUGAAAGUAAAUCUUUUGGCUUUCUUUCAAGUAUUUUUAAGGUAUAAAGUAUUUUUCUUAAGGUUUUAUGUUUACUAUAUUUAGUUUACUAUAUAUAAGUGUUUUUCAAAAGGCUUCAAGGCCAUCAUAUAAUACCAAGGAUAGCAGGUCUUAUAAAAACCGCAACAGUGAUUUCAAACAAACUCUUCCGAAAGGUAAUUAUUACCCGGAAUACAUUUCCAUUCGCGACCACGAUGGCGGUUGGAAUAGUUGGCACUGGUUUUUCUGAUAGAUAUUCUAUGUUUUUAUCUCAAAUUCAAAUGUGAAUUGAAACAAGUCAAUCCAGAUCCAGUCCCAGUUCCAGGCCCAGUGCAUCUGUACAUAUGUUGCGUGACGAUCCGUUGCCGCAGAAGACAAAUGUGUGGCCCACGUACAGGGUGACCAUUAUAAUGCUCCUUCUCGGCCAGGUUCAGGUGGCAGUGGCCAUGGAGAUAAAACCCCUGAAAAAAUUUCUAGCGGAGCGCUACUACCUCAGCCUGAUCCAGUUCUUCAUCAGCUUUCUGUCCAUUCAACUCUACGGAUUCUUCUACAGCAUUAUAGUUAAGAAGCCCGUGUGGGCUCGAGUCAUGGCGGGUCUUUGGACGUACGAGGUGAACACAAUGUCCAUCAUGAAACCGGCAAAGAGAGCACCACACAUGUGCCUCAUCAUGUCCUUCUUCCUCACCAUCGUCAUAAUGAUCAUUGGUGUUAUAUACGGGAAUAAGGCAACUAACCAUCGAAAAGGACUCUUUGAGCAAGGUGAUCCUGUGGAGCGAGCGAAUAUUUGUACUCACUUGUUUUGGCAUCAUCGUGUGCGCCGAAAUGAGGCGGGUUGCCAUCGAGUUUCCCACCCUGCUUGUUUACACCCUGAUCUCGAAUGUGUUCGUCAUUAUAUUCGCCGCCUCGAUGCGAAGGCCGGACUUCUUCCGUCCGGAUUCAAGCGGCGAUCACAUUUUGAUCGGCCAACUGUACUACCUCAACGCCUUCGCUCUGUACAUGGGAUACGUGUGGACGACGUCCUCGUUCCUGGAGCUGAUGGAAUGGGACGUGUCGGCUGUGGGUAUAAUCAAGUCCCUAUUUUACAAGAAAGACGUCCAAUGAGUGCGACGCAUGCGCGGACUAUCGGAACAGCUGGGACGGAAUGUUUACGCGAGGUGAGGCUAACUCAUCUCUGGUGCGGCAGUUGCUCAGUGCCUCGUCGUCGAUGGGGCAAGUUUGUCAGGGUUACGCGACUCUGGUCGUUUCGGUUCGAUUCGGUUUGCCGGAAAAUCGAUAGCUGUUUUCUUGGCACGCGCAAUUUACCCAUUGUCGCUAAAUGUAAAUAAAUGGAUUUCUUUGUGAAACGUUUCGACAAUA